AUGGUCGAGUUGAGAGACUCAUGGGCACAGAAAGAGUUCCUCCAUCAACACAUCCAGAAAAUGGCGUCCAAUCGAAGGACUUCAUCUUCUCCAGCAUAUCACAGCUACGUCAACACCUUAGUCUCUGAGGCCAAUGUUGUUGCCGUCUCGGUGGACUACAGGCUUGCCCCAGAGCACCCUCUGCCAGCUGCUUACAAUGAUUCAUGGGCUGCUAUCAAAUGGGUUGCUUCCCAUUUUGAUGGAAACGGCUCUGAAGAUUGGCUAAAUAGAUUUGCAGAUUUCAAGCGUGUGUUUUUCGCUGGGGACAGCGCUGGUGCUAAUAUAACACACAACAUGGCUGUAAAAUUGGGGUGUGAGAGAUUGGUUGGUGUUAAGCUGGUUGGGAUUGUUUUGGUGCAUCCUUUCUUUUGGGGCACAGAGCCAGUUGGGGCAGAGUUAACUACACCUGCAGCUACAAAAGAGUAUAUGGCUGGUGUGUGGCGUUUUGCUUGCCCUUCGACUUGUGGAUCAGACGACCCACUUAUAAAUCCAGCUAAGGAUCCAAAAUUGGGGGAAUUGGGUUGUGAGAAAGUGCUGGUUUGUGUUGCUGAGAAAGAUGGGUUGAAAGAUAGAGGAUGGCAUUAUAGUGAGAUACUGAAAAAGAGUGGGUGGAAUGGUGCUGUGGAGGUCAUAGAAUCAAAGGGGGAGGGCCAUGUGUUCCAUUUGUUCAAUCCAAUUUGUGACAACGCUGUGGCCUUGAAGAAAAGAUUGUUUCUUUCUUGA